AUGUUCAUCACUGUGAUGCUGGGAGCUGACUGCUGGGAGCUGGCGAACCCGCGGUGCAGCCUGGUGGCACUCACCGCUCACCUGAGGAGCAGCGGGAACAUCUCCCCAGAUGUGCCCCUUGCCCUCCUGGCCGAGGAUGGGCACCUGGUGAGCCUGGACCGGGGCCUGGAAGAGGGGCCCUCCCCUGCCCCCGCGAGCCCCCUGCUCCGGGAGCGCGAGACCUACAUCCUCGUUAGGAUUCUCAAGGGGGAAGCCGGGGCCCCCACCCGCUAUGAGUCCUUAGUAGGGAACCUGGACGACCUGUAUCCGGAGCUGGCAGAGGAGCUACGUCGACUGAACGGUCUUCCCCUGGCGGGCGAUGGCCAGAGACGACGUACGGGCACUCGGCCCGGCCACCGGGAACGAGGACCCCCCUCCAGGCCCCAAAGAGGGGGCUCCCUGCCCUCUAGGACCCUGCGGAGUUGCCAGAGUGGGCCCAGAAGCCUGCAAUGCAGUGGGGAGCGGGACGAGGGCACCACGCGGGCUGCAGCAUGUAGCACGGGCUGCUGGGUCCCCGGCCACGUCUGCACCGAGUGUGAUGGGUUCACCCCUCUGCUCUGCAGGCCCAGUGACCUGGCAGCCCACAGCCAAGUGGCCGAGCUGCCCUGGAGCUAG